AACAGGUAAUACAGCACGGUGUGUACACAAUGUUUGAUACUUUACUGAGAGAGCUUUUGUAGUUUGCUUCAACAGUAAAAACAUCAUAGGAAGCAAAGAAAUGGCUGGAACAACAGAGUUCUCCAGAGCAAGAUAUGAUUCUAGUACAGACGGUGAUGACGAAACCUCGAUAUUUACACAAAGAAGCAUUUAUCAAUCAAAUCCUGAAAAGGAAUAUAUUGAAAGAAACCCAGAAGAACUUCUGCAUUGCAUGAGACAGAUGAAUGAACAUGCUUUAGAAGCUACAGGCUUUUUUUGUGGGUCUCCUUAUCUUCCUCAGUAUCAGUUACCGUAUGUACUGUCAAGUACUUUUGUAUGUCAGUAUCAAGUUUUUGAUAUGAGGAAGUCGCAGACUUUCACAGAGUCACAAAGAGAUCAAAGACUGUUAGCUAAGACUGGCUUAACAGACCAGGCAUUAAAGAAAUGUGUUUGUGAACAAUUUUCUACAACUGCUGAGCAAGUGCAGAUAGUUCAUUUUGAUAUGAAAACAGAGGGAUCAGCAUUGAAAACUACUGUUGUCAUUUUGCCCGAAAUUGUACAAAACAUGCCCUUCAACAAACUCCUGAUUGAGACAUACACAGACGAACAUAGGUUAUCAAGAAUCAUAUGUGGUUUGUGGAAGGCUGACAUUAAAGUAGAUGAGUUUAAACAAAUGCUGAUGGAAUUUCUAGGUUGGAAGUCUAUAGCAUUGUGUAAAGACGGUAGAAUUAUUUAUAAUGCAGUUGAAGAUCAACUGAGGGAAAAUCAAGACCUGACAAGAGUGCAGGCCUUUCAGUUUGGUCAUAUGAAGGUAACAUUAGUCUACAGCAUAAAUGCUGACAGUGAAUAUCGAUUCAUAUGUACUUUAAAUGGGGCCAAAUCUGUGUUGGAAGCAAAAGAGAAAAUCCUUACAAAAUUUUCAAGAGAAUUUGAAGCCAUAAAUGAAACAAAAGGCCAAAUUCUACACCUUUGUAUCAGAGACCAAAUUAUUCAAGAUGACAUUUGUUUAGGUGUGGCUAUGCAAAGUAUAACUCGUAGGGAUGACACUCCUAUCAGUCUUCACUUUGCUUCCCAGGAUGCAAUCACCGUUACUUUAGUCAGUAAUGAAUUGAAAAUGAGACAAAAGUUGCUAAUUGUUCCACAGCAGUGUUCUACUGCUUAUCUGCGCGAAAGGAUAGGAAAGCUAGCGGCAUGUGACGCAAAUUCCAUUAAACUUGUUUUCAACGAAAAACUUAUCGAUGAGUUAGAUGAUCUUUCGCAAACCUAUGGUAACAAUUGCAAAAGCGGAUGCACUUUGAAUGUUGGUUUGAAGAAACAAAAAACGUUAAAAAUCAAGAACCCAAUUAACAAUGAAGAAAAGGCCUUUAAAAUGUAUAUGCUUGAGCCAGUUCAAAAGUUGGUGGAACGCAUAAGUGAACAUUGGAAUUUAGAUGUGUUGACAAUGUGCCUUUUUUGUCGUGAUGUUCCGAUGAAAUGUAACAGUUUGCUUCAGCACUAUGCAAUAAAAAACAACAUGCAGCUAGAGUUGAAGUUGUUCCCAAACAGAAUAGCAAUACAAGUGAGAAUUGUAUUCAAGAAGAGGACAUUGAACUUGGUUGUAGCAGACAGUGCAGUUACUACAGUAGAAGACUUGUUGACAUACUGCGCGGUUAAGAUGCAGUAUCCCAGGACAUGUUCAAGAGCUAUUCUUCGGAAUAAAUGCUUGAAAACAGAAGUAUCUCUGAAGGAUGAAGGUUUCUCCACAAAUGAAAAGGUGUCUAUAGUGUUCUUUGAUGAACCACUGAGUGGUAACAGUGAACUCAUAUCAGUGUUUGAUGCGGACAUUGAUGGGCACACAACCCGACGGUAUGGGAAAGUGGUUGAAGGACUAUUACUUUUAGCUCCAGAAUCCCAGCGUCUCCCGCCACCGAUGAGAGGUAGUGAUAGGGACCAUCUCCCCAGUGGCAUUGACCUGUAUGAAGAGGCAUUGGAUGCAAACAAAUCUAAAAUGGUACCACACCCUGAACCUGAAAAGUGCACCACCAAACAAACAAAGCCAUCUGGUGUGGUCAUGAAGAAAAUAAAGAAAACGUUCAUGAAAAGAUCUGCAAGUGUAAAAGAUCAACUACAAAGAAAGUUAAGUGAGCAGAGAAAUGGUUUGUCAGCAGCAGACACAGGAUUCGAAUCAUGGCAUGAAAAUAGCAGUAUAUCCACAACAGACACUGGACAAAAAUCAUUGCAUGAAAGUAGCAGAAAGUCGACAGUUAAGACUGGGCACAGAUCAUCGCAUGCAGAUAGCAGCAUGUCAACAACAGACACUGAACAGAAUGCAGAUAGCAGCAUUACCAGCUUGUCUGAACAGCAAAAUGAAAAUGAUUUAGGCCAGAAUGCGCAAUUUGAGUCUCUAGUGGAUGAACAUCAGAGUUGCUGUUCAACUGCUAGGGCAACUAACAAAAUGUUCUACUUGCCUUCUUCAGACCCGGAAAUAUCAUCUGAAGUGCAAGAAAAUGAUGAAUUAUCUGUAUGCAAUUUAAAGUCCAACCCGACUAGUACCUUGCAUGUUUCAGAUGCAGUCAUGCAGGAUAAUACACCUACCGGUACAUGGCCAAAUGACAAUAGCAUUAUAGAAAAUGACGGAGAAGAGAAAGAUGGCAGUAACAGUAUUGUAAAGAUUUGUAAUUGCAAAUGCUGUACACACGCUAUAAACACAGAUGAAUCAAAUGGUUUCCAUCGUGAACAGAGCGCAGGAGCUCGUGACGCUUCAUGUGAUCAUUUAAAAAACAGAUUUACUUGUAUAAGAAAUUGUAUGAAAGAGAUUGAAGAAUCAAUUGUAAAUAAAGACUUUAAUAACAGUGCACUUGACUUAGAAGAAAUGUCCUCAUAUUCAUCAGAUGAAGGGCAGAAUGCAGUCAAAAAUCAAAAGACAUUAAUGAUGGUGUCACUCUUUCAUCAACAAUAAAAAAGAGUCAAUUGAACCCAAACAAUCACUGCAGUAAUCAAGAAACACAAGGAAAUAAAAAAACACCAGCAGCGUUAUCAGAACCAGAGAAUGCCCCAACUGAAGAUGAUUCAACUUUACUAAAGAGACCUAUGUCAAAUAUACCUCCCCCAAAAUCUGCUUCUAUCACUUACUGUACACCUGCUGAAGAUCAGUUUGUACCAUGCAGUACUGAGCAUGCCCAAGCAAGCUCUAGUACAGAUUUAGAUAGGAGCAUUGCACCAUAUCAUCAUAGUUCUCAUGCUCAUCAUACAAUUUUAACGAACCAGUUUUGUCAAUUCUGUUUUCAUCCUUUGGAACCUAGGGUGUUAGAAUCUGAGCCAUAUUUGCCUUUGUGCCCUUAUUUAUGUACAAUGUUUUCGCAGUCAUCAAGCAGCUGCUAGACAACGAAGACGCCAACAUUUUAUUUCUGAAGGUGAUUCAAAUCACCAAGCGUAUCAAGUUGAAAGUAUCCAUAAUUCACCAACUUACCCAGUCCUGCCGGGGGAGUACGAUUGGAUCAGUGAUGAUCUUAACAGUUCAGGCAUUACAAGACCCCUUCUACUCCGUGUAAGCAGCUUGGUAGGUAAAGAUUGGAGGAGAAUGUUACGAGAAUUACGCAUUGAAGAAGCUUUAAUUGAUGAGCUGGAGAGAGGCAAAACUCUUCAGGAGAGUGCCUAUCAAGGGCUUGUGAAGUGGAAACGACGGUUCGGUAGAGAAGCCACGUUAAAACAGUUGGACGACUGUCUAAGGAAAAUUGGACUAACAAGUGUUGCUGAACAGAUCAACGGUUAUUCCACGAUAUGAUUGGAGUAGGUCAUUCGAGAAAUACAUUUUAUGUUGUUAAGUGACAGGUCAUUUUAUUGUUCACGUGUAUUUUGCGUUACGUUAAAUGAGAGUUGACAAUAGUUGAACUGUUCCAUAAAUAAUGCAAUUUGCAUUGUAAGUGUUGGACUUGGUUUUCUCUUGAGCAACAUGAUGUUACUUUAUACCAAAAAAAGGUGAUGUCAUUAAAAAAUCUUGAUAUUUUUUUCAAUGAAUAUCUUAUCAAUCAGCAUUAGUAUAAGAAACUACAUUACUAUGUUGAAGUAUCUGAACACCAGGUCAGAUUUGAUUGUUUUCUUUUUUUAAUUUACUGUUAUGAUUCUAUGUGAAAGAAAGGAUAAAAAAAUUGCCCCUUUGUCUGUCCGGACUCAAAUUUUGAUGAAAUUGAGUUUGUGCGGAUCUCCAACAAAUGUUCCCAUAAAUAUUAUCUUUUUCUACUUGAUUUCCAUUCUUUUGUAUUUACUUCCGCCCUUUAAACUUUUGUGUCUGUUCAAGAUCUCAAACAGUAAAGAUCGGAAGUGACGGUACUAGAUGAUACUCAAAUUGCAGCAUCCUUUAAUGGUGUAUGCAAAAUGUCAAUAUAUCCGUACUCACGUCCUAGACCUGAAUGAUGCAGAUUUGUUAGCAGGCAAGCCUGUGCAGCAUGGCAGUUUGUUUUGCGGAUAAAAGAAUUAAAAGAAAUGCUUGAUUGGAUUGAUAACUAUCAUUGUGAUAUGGUAUAAUGAUUUUAAAUGUAAACAUUCAAUUCAUGUAUAUCCAAAUUUUAAGAACAAAUGAACGAGGAGAAAAACAAGAAAACAGUAGUCCACUAUGUACAUGAUGAAGACAUGUAAAGCAAGUUAGACCUUUUAAUCAGAAGUUUACAUAACGACUUUUUAUAAAAUCAUUUAGCUAUAGGAUAUAACACAAAUGAAAUAACUUAUCAUCUCAAACAGAUGAAACUUUAUAUUCAGCAUUCCUAAAAGGUGGAGAUGGGCAUCGUUGUCAGGUUGGUCUGGUCUGGUGAUUUUUCAUGGAGUUAUUACCCUUCGAUUAUUUAUAUGUCAUUUCCUAAAGGAUGUUUUAUUUCCUAUGACAUCUCAGGAAUCAAUGAUCUGAGUUUUAUGGCACUUUUUACUUUUUAUGUUGAAUUCAGAUGUUGUCAUGUUGUUCAUCUUCAGGGAGUUAUUUCCUCUUGAACAAGUUUUUGUUUCCACACAACUUAACCAAAAUAUCUACAGAGGGUAUGGUCAGAAGCAUUCAUCGGAUAUAUUCUUGUAUCACACAUAAUUAUACUUACCUUGGUUUUCUUAAUUUUUGAUGUCCCAUUUACAAGAUAAUGAGAUUAAACAACAUUUUUUGCUGAUUAUGCAUUACUGUCUUUUGACCUAUUGUGUUUUGUCACAGAAAACACUUUAACCCUCACGUGUAGUCGUUCAUCUGGCACACGUUUUUGAGAUUGCCCCGCUCCUUUUUCAGAAUAUUGCAUUGAGUAAGUAUGGGAAAUCCAAUUUCUGGCGUUAACAUUUAUCCGACAGCCAAAACAAGUGCAGUUGUAAAUCUAGCUCAUAGAUUUUUCUUUUGCCAUUGCAUCAAAUACGUUUGCCAGCAUGUAAAUUUAAAUCCUGGUUUCAGUUUUAGUAAAGAUCAGAUUGAUUUCUGUCUUUACUGACCCGUUUUUUUUAUAGCAUUUGCUAUUUAAAUUAAUUUCCCUUAAUAAGCUUUUCUGUGUUGAAAAAAAAGAGAAAUUGCUCCAAAAUCAUUAUUCAUCUGCGGUAAUUGUUUUUUGUUCAUUUACCUUAUCAGCAACAGCUGCCACAUGCUGUUAUAACACAUAUUGUUUUUGUUAUGCAUUGUAAAACAAUGCCAAUUUUGAGGCUUUGUUGUUUUUGUAUUUUAUAUAUAUGACUUAUUAUGCCCCCCUUCGAAUAAGAGGGGGUAUAUUGCUUUGCUCAUGUCGGUCGGUCUGUCUGUCCGUCUGUCGGUCUGUCCACCAGGUGGUUGUCAGACGAUAACUCAAGAAAGCUUGGGCCUAGGAUCAUGAAACUUCAUAGGUACAUUGAUCAUGACUCGCAGUUGACCCCUAUUGAUUUUGAGGUCACUAGGUCAAAGGUCAAGGUCACGGUGACCCGAAAUAGUAAAAUGUUUUUUGAAUGAUAACUCAAGAACGCAUACGCCUAGGAUCAUGAAACUUCAUGGGUAGAUUGAUCAUGACUCGCAGAUGACCCCUAUUGAUUUUUAGGUUACUAGGUCAAAAGUCAAGGUCACAGUGACCCGAAAUAGUAAAAUAGUUUGCGGAUGAUAACUCAAGAAUGCAUGCGCCUAGGAUCAUGAAACUUCAUGGGUAGAUUGAUCAUGACUCGCAGAUGACCCCUAUUGAUUUUGAGGUCACUAGGUCAAAGGUCAAGGUCAGGGUGACCCGAAAUAGUAAAAUGGUUUUCGGAUGAUAACUCAAGAACGCAUAUGCCUAGGAAUAGGGCUGCAACGGGUACCCGAAAUAUCCGAUGAUAUCGGAUCCUACUCCAGAUUCGCGGGUACGGAUCCACCCCUGGACAUUUCGGUUCCGAAUAUUUAUUUUUAUAGUUGAAUGUAACCUAGCGCUGUUUUCACGAGUAUUGUUUUAAUACAGACUGGUUUCAUUUAUGAGAUAAAAGAAACGUAUAAUAGUCGAUAUAUGAUGACGUGAAACAGUCAAAUAGCAGAUCAUUCGAGAUCCUUCGGCUUUUAUUGUAUAAAAGUGUCAUUUGCAACAAAGCAGAUCUAAUUCGAAAUCGUGGAGGAUUUACACAUUACAAAUGCAAUUCAUAAUGGCAAUAAGUAAGUUUUCAAUCCUUAUUGUCUUUCUGAGUUGUAUUAAAAACAACGGUAGUGGAUCCAGUGUGUCUGGAAUGUUAUUCAGGUAAAUUUUGCAUAAUUUCGCGACCUGUCCAAUUGAGUUCCUGCAUCAUGUAAAUUGUAAUGUUUUGAAAGCAUCAUCUACUAAGUUUAAAUGCUAUCUUGUGAUGCAAGGAACCGUAGUGCCCAGUGAGAGAAUCUUUUGCACAGCAGGAGAUCUCGCCAGUGCUCAAAGGGCUUGCCUGGGCCCAGACAAUGUUGAAAUGCAAAUUUUUGUGAAAUCAAAAAUUAAACUGUAUGAACACUGAACAGUGAAAAGCAUAUGUUAACAAACAAACUAUUAAGUGAAUAAUUGUAAAGGUUUCGUUUUAUUUUGACAUUGCUACAAUGUUAAAAGAGAACUGUGUUAUGUUGUUUUUUUUGUAAACAAAUGUUUAAUGUUUUUCAGUCAAAUUAUACUUCUAAAACCAUUGAUUUCUUUAAUUUAGACAGAAACUUCAAAUUUUCUCUUGUAUGAGGGAUCCGGAUCCGAAAAAAAGUAAGAAACCAUAUUUGGAUUCGGAUUUGGAUCCGAACAAAUUUUUUGGAUUCGUUGCAGCCCUACCUAGGAUCAUGAAACUUCACAGGUAGAUUGAUCAUGACUCGCAGAUGACCCCUAUUGAUUUUGAGGUCACAAGGUCAAGGUCACGGUGACCCGAAAUAGUAAAAUGAUUUUCGGAUGAUAACUCAAGAAGGCUUUUGCCUAGGAUCAUGACACUUCAUAGGUACAUUGAUCGUGACUAGCAGAUGACCCCUAUUGAUUUUCAGGUCACUAGUUUUAGCUGAAAUCUUAAGAUGAAUGUCCCAUUGACUUUUUAGGUCUUUUUUUUACUUUUUAAUAUGUGAUUUACAUAUUUCUUAUUGUGAAUGUUCUCCUUGAGGAAUUGUUUGUUAAUGUUUAAGUUUAGUUUAUAUCUAUUUACUUUAGCUCAUUAGCAUGAAAAGCCAAAGGCUUAUUGAAACACACAAUACUAUUAGCAAAGACCUAUUGAAUACAUUAUGUAUUGUAUAGGUCUUUGCUAUAUGAGAGAUCUAAAGAAUACUCCGACUAGGCGGACAAAAUAUCCAUUACAUCUACACCAUGGGGGUUUAUUUUUAAUGUUUUGUAAAGACACAUUGUUAUGUAAUAUAUUGAGUGUAAAGUGAUUUCCUUCAGAAAUACUGUCCAUGACUUUUGUUAUGUGUUAAUGAAAUAUCUUAUUGUAUUUACUGACGAUUGCAUACAUUUAUAAAUUAAUCUUUAAAAAAAGCAACAUAAAAAGUUCUUACAAUGAUUUCUUCUAUCCAUAUUGGUUAAAAGUAUGACGAAUCGACAGAACUAUCAGAGUGAAAGUAUUUAAAUAUUACAUGAUGGGAUAAUUAUUUACACAAAUGAAAAGCAUUAUUUUUGCUUCAUUUUCUCUAUUAAUUGUUUCAGAAAAAGCAUAUUUAUUAUUGCAAUCAAAGCACAUAAUAUAUAGUUUAAACACAUUUACCAUGUCAUUACAAUGAACUAGAUCAUAAUUACACUUUUCUACAAUUGAAUGCUCAUUGUGCAGUGCUUACUUUUAUGUGCAAAAUAUGUCAGCCAUAAUAUCAGCAGCGUCAUUUGAAAAUGGGUCUUAUACCAUACACAGCCAGUAUAGUUCCACCCCAGCCUUUUGAAUUGCCUAGUCUGGUUAGGAGCAAUGUGGUCUCUUUAGCACACAAGGCAGCUCCUGAUCAGCUUGCUUGAAUGCACAGGCUGAUGUUGAGAUACGCUUACUGCAUAUGGCACAAGUCCUUAUUUCACAUGAUGUGGCUCAUACUAGUAUGUUAUGCAAAACAUUCAAUGUUAUACUCAACAAUUAGUUUAUUUGGGUAUAGCUUUUUUACCAACACAUAUUUUGCAAAUUUGUUUUGUAUUGUUCUAUUGUUAUUUAUUGUAAUCAUCAUUUACGGUUGAUUUGUAUAAGAAUUUUGUAUCCAUUAAUUAUGUUUUUAUGCCCCCGGAUCAAAUGUUCGGGGGUAUCUUGUUUUUGGCUUGUCUGUCUGUCUGUCAUUGUAUGUGUCUGUCUGUCAUUGUGUGUGUCUGUCCAAAACUUUAAUCUUGGUCAUAACUUUUGCAAUAUUGAAGAUAGCAACUUGAUAUUUGGCAUGCAUGUGUAUCUCAUUGAGCUGCAUAUUUUGAGUGGUGAAAGGUCAAGGUCAUCCUUCAAGGUCAAAGGUCAAAUAUAUGGCUUCAAAGCGGCGCAGUAGGGUCAUUGUGUUUCACAAACACAACUCUUGUUUGUUUAAGAAUUGCUUACAUCAUAUAGAUCUAAAACAUUAAUAUGUAUUUUAUCAAUACUACACAUCAUUGAAUUCUAUCUGUUUUGUUUUCAGCAUUUGUGUUUAUUCAACUAACCUAUAUUUUGGACGCUGCUGAAAGUCAUAAACCACCUUAUAGUGGUUACAUGGUUCAGUGGUAACACACAAGUGCAAGAUUUAAGUUGUCUCAGGUUUGAUCCACCGUUAGAAAGCUUGUUCUUUUAACUUGUUCCUUUUGUUACUCAAAAAGUGUUGCUGUUUAACAGAGGAAACUUUACAAACACAUUGAAUACUUGCUCACCUACAUCUUUUGGGUGCAUUUUUUCCAUGUUGGUUAGAUAUGAGAUAUAAGUUUAUGUGGGAUGAACGCGUUCCGAAAGGGCACAUGUUUAGUUUUUUUGUAUUAAUUUUUUAUUAUAUGUGUGUUAUUUGUAUUCAUACUAAAUAUACUACAAUUAUUUGAGUCUCUUUUCUGUGAAAUUAACAAAUGUAAGUUUGAUUAGAUAAAUUACUGGUGUUUCUAUAUAAUAUUAAUUAAAUAGUUCUUAUUAUUAAACCACAUUUCACAAAGUUAAACUGUUCUGUACAGUUUAUUA